AUGCGGUCAUCUCUGUUCUACGCUGCGCUGUGCGCGUCUCCUGCCAUUGCUUUUCCAUGGAUGACUCCGGAGGGGAUGAACACUCUUCUCAACCACCCGGAGGCCCGCCAGGAAAUUGACCGACGAUUGAAAGAACUGGAACGCCGAGUACCUGAGCAAACAGAGGAUCACGAAGCCCGCCAGCUGGGUACUGGAGUGGUGGGUGGCGUCGGUAGCUUACUUGGCGGGACGCUUGGGGCAAUUCUUGACAACGUUCUUGGUCUCAUUCCUACCUCUGAGUCGGUCAACGGCUUGAAACGUUUUCCCGAGGCCAACUACCCUUUCCAGGCACCUGGUUCUACUGAUCAGCGCGGUCCUUGCCCCGGGUUGAAUACCCUUGCGAAUCAUGGAUACAUUCCCCGAACCGGUAUUGCCACCAUCGGCCAGAUUAAUGCUGCCACAGCUCGGGUCUUCAAUAUGGGCGCCGACUUAUCGACUCUGUUGGCCACCGGAGGUGCUCUCGACGGCGGUGACAUUCUGUCGCAAAAGAUGAGCAUUGGCGGGCCAGAUAAUCGUGUCGGUCUUUUGAAUGGAGCACUGAAUGGCAUAUUUGGCACGCCAUCAGGAAUUGCCGGACACGGCAAAUUCAACGAAGGAGAUGCAUCAGCCACACGCAACGACUUUUACCUGACCGGCGACAAUAUCUCAUUCCAGCCUGAACUCUUCAAGCAGCUGCACCAGCAAGCACUCGCAAAGGGCAACGGCACAUACAACGUGGAUGCCAUCAAGGAGCACUUCAAGAACCGCUACGCGGCGUCCAAGGCCGCCAACAGCCAGUUCUACUUCAACUUGCCCAGCGCCGGAGUCGUAAUGGGCGCGUACUAUUUUGUCCCGGGAUUCUUCUCAAACGGGACCAUCGGCGCCGGUGGCGUUGCCAACGAGGCCUCCAUCACUUCCUUUUACGGCGCCAAGCCUAGCCGCGCGAACGCAUGGGACGACCCCCAGCUCACCUACACGCACGUGCCGGAGCGCAUCCCAGAUAACUGGUACCGCCGGGCUACGCCGAUGACGGUCCUUGAGGCCGUGGGCGGCAUUCUCGAUGUCUAUCUGUACGCUCUGCCCGCCCUGGGUGGCUCUGGUGCAGACCAGAGCUGGGUCGUGGGCCCGCUUGACGUGCCGACUAACGCUCAGGGGCUUUCUUGCUUCCUUUACAACGCCAUUUAUGCCAACUUUCCUUCGGAGCUGUAUAAUUCAGUCAUCGUGAUUCAGACGGUGGUGAAUGCUGUGUCGGGGUUGCUUGCACCUGGGUAUAAGGCUCUAGGGUGUAGUGUCAAUUUCCCCGAUGCUACGGGCAGCGACGCUACCAAGCAGUGGCAGACUUAUAUCACUAAAUAUGUUGGACCAGCAAAGACUCAGGCAACGGGGAGCGGAUAUUAUAAGAAGGCCUAG